AUGCUAGCCCCAGAGAUCGCUAACUUGGUGCAAUUCUUCUAUCCUAUUGGCAACACCCCUGCUGUCUCCUUGACUCAGGAUCUGCCAUCAAAGAAGAAGGCUGAUCUACUGCUUCUCGGCUGUGGAGAUGUGCGCCACGUCCUCUUCACAGUACACACGGAGCAGCAGGGUCGCGAUCCACGUCCUUUAGACGUCACAUGCUGCGAUGUAGACACCGCUGUGAUUGCUCGCAACAUCGUGUUGCUGUCCCUGGUUCUCGAUGAUGUUGAUGGUGCCAACGAUCAACUCAUUUGGAAUCUAUUCUAUCAUUUCCGCAUUGAUGAAGGUUCACUUAAUCUGUUGCAAAGGCAAACAACUAAACUGUUGUCCCUGUCAACAUCGCUGCACACAUGGCAACAGAGUGAGUAUGGCCGAGUGAUCAGGAUGUGCGAUCGUAUCUCUCUUGAACGGGUCCGCGACAUGUGGCGCUUCUACGGAGAAAAGAGAGAAGGCGAUGCGCUUCGUCACUUUAAAAAGAAGCUCGAUGAUGGAAUGAAAACUUCUCAACAGUUUCAAAAGUCGGUUGUUGGUGACAAGAUGAGUGUGAUAACAGGAAUCCGAGCUGCUGCCCCUGCGUGCUUGCAAGCUGCCAGUGCUCUCGGUAAUUUGUACAAAAAUUAUUGGGCGUUCGGUACCACCGAGACUGAUAAAACAGCUCGCUCCCUUGCCAUAAAUCCCAACCCCAUGUUUGCGCCCAAGGAUGGAAAUAUGUUUUUGCAUUAUGGGACUGACCCGGUGCUUGGAUUCCACAUCGGCUCUUGUUAUGCCCCGAUUAAGCCAACGUCACCUCAGUCAGGUUCUUCUUCCGUGACACCUGAUUUGCAUGAAAUCGUUAAAACCGCCAAGACAGAGUUCAGUACCUGGACGAAGUCGUUCAGGGCGCAUUCCAUGGCUGACUUGGUCAUACUACGGUUCUUUGUUGGAGAUGCGGUGGCAUUUGCAUAUGCCCUCCAGCAGAUCCGCAUCACCGGUCCCUCAAACUCGUCUCAUUGGUAUCGUGAUCGUUAUCAUUUCGAGCCGCUGGUCUUGGACGAUGAGCACUAUUCGGACGCCUCAGCGCCACUUGUGUUUGACAUUAUUGACACGUCUAACCUUAUCGAUCAUCUUGGGGCCUUGAAUCUGCUCACUGCCACUUCCCCGCUUCUUCGCAAUAGCCUCUCGGCGACUCUUUAUUCAGAGAAGCUCGUGCGGACUCAGGAAACUCAGAUAUCACUUCUUGAAACUCUUCUAUGUGGAGACAUGCCUACGGUUACCUCGCUUCUCGGCUUGGUGCCCGUGGAGGUGGCGACAAACACCGCCUUCUCGUCUGCAGGAGAUGAAGCUUUAUGUCAGAAUACGUCAGGCCCCUCGUCCAAGGCCGGACAAGUGUUCUCGAGAAUUGCAUGGAAGAGACCAUUGAAUCCGGGUGAUGUAGCUGUCAACACGCUGGGCCUUAUUCACUUUGAUUCCGCCGGCCUAGCACAGGUGCUCUAUCGUGUUUUCUUGACAAUGUUCGCCGACGAGGAUGUCUCGAAGUUGCUUGCCAGAAUGCGAAGCGCACAAAUACAACAUCUGCCUACUUACAACCGGGCGAGCUUUGUCGCUUUCCUUUGCCUCGUCAAGACACGGACCAGCACUAACUGGGAUAAGACAAUGAAAGAAUUACUUCAUCUCAUGGAUCAUGACACCGGUCUCGCAUUUGCCAAUACCUACAUGCAAGAGCUGGUUCUGUGGAUGCAUCUGAAGGGUCUUUAUUCUGUUGAUAUUUUAAAAACCCCACCACACAGCCGGACUGGCCAUCCCCAAACUGGGACCUUGCAGGGCUGGCAGAACAUGCCACCUAUGGUGAGUGUCACCCUUCGUGUUCCUCGGAGUAAACUAGACCCCUUUAUCGCCGAAGCCGUCAAGGCCGGCGGUACACCUCCGCUCCAGGCUGUUCUGCAAUCUUCCGCACGAGCUGCCAGGCAGUGGCAAAACAUGUUUGCGGAAACUCAGAUUGGAUUUGGUAACCUUAAAGCUAAAGGAUCCAGAUACAGCGAUGAGUUUGAAGUGGAAAUUGAUGAAGACCAAUUAGGAUGGAAGGGACAGUCACCGAUGUUUAUUUCCUUCUAUGUGCCAAGUUGGAUCUUACUUCAAGAACCAUGUACCGCCACUGUCUCGCUGGCUAUCCCGCACUCUCUUGCAACCGCCCAGAUAUUUGGCAGUAGCUUGGGACACAACCUGAGCAUCUUUACUGCCAAACAAGAGGAUGUUGAACAUGUCUACGUCACCAAGAGUCAGCCACACCAGAGUGAUUUUAUGUCCAUCCACGGCUUUUAUUCAGAGGACGUCAAGAACGAAGUCGGCCCCGACCGAAACUCAGAGACAACCAUUACUGCCACCGUCAAUGAGAAAAGCGGCCAAAUUUCAUCGUUCACUGCCCGUGUCCAAAUUCUAUGCGAGCAAUCAAAGGCUCUACUUAGGGAUGGCAGCGUGAUCACUCGAUCCUUACGAUCACCGUUCAACUAUGCGUUAUCUCUCAGAAAGGGACCAAGCUUCAAAGUCAACUUCCCAGCUCCGGUUUUGGACUCCACCGCGAGAGUGAGAAUAGCUCGGAAAUCAUCUUACCUUGAGCUCGUCGCAGAUGUCGCCAAGGCCACCGACUGGUCAGCCUUACGGUCUUUUAUGUAUCCGGUGGUCUUGGAUUCGGGAUCGCCCACUCCGUGGAACAUGCCGCACGUCAAUCUCUCAUCACUUCCCGCCAUAGACCUAACCAAUCCUUCCUCUGAACGUCUAGGAUUGCUACGGACCCACCUUCCAACUAUGUGGUCCGCACCAGAGACUGCCCUGAAGUUUAACCCUUCCUUGCCAGCUACACCGAAUACCCGGGCCAGGGUGGACUUCAAGGAUGGUUUAUUCCACAUGUUUCUAGGCUUCAGUGGAACAGCAGGUCCUCAGGCCUCCAUCUACGGUAUCGACUGCCCCGAAGAGAAGGGCGUGCAUAUGCUGGUUUUCGUAUCCAAGAUGUUACUCGACAUUUCGAAUCGCACUAUUGUUCUUGACGCUGCAGUUCUCCCUUUGUACACUGAUCUCAUGCCGCAAAUUAUGCCUACUCUGCAAGCCAUGGCGGAUAGCACCCAUUCACCCAAAUCAAUCCGCACCUCCAAGGACGAGCUUUAUCUGUGGAAGGAAGCUCUGCCUGCUUGGACCGAGCGAUGCCGAUCUUGGUCCCAUGAACCUAAUUGCGAGUACGUUGCAACGGGCAAGAUUCCACUCUCGAUCAAAUUUGGGGAAAGAGUUCUGUGCUCGUGCGGGGAGGGCACCGUACCAACUGAUUUCAUGUCCGAGUUUGGUGGAUGGAAAGCUCUUGCCAAACACUGUGUGCGGGUAGCCAUUUCUCCAGCUUUUGCGUCUGCACUUGUUGAUAAGCCUAUUGAUUUAUCCGCACUUUCAUCGGUUCGCGAUGCCAGUGGUCAAAAUUUGAUCGGCUGCCAGGUCUGUGGCAAGGACGAGGAAGCCAAAGGUUCGGCUUUGAGGAAUUGCUCGCGAUGUCAUAAAGCAAAGUACUGCUCCAGGGAUUGUCAGAAGGCCGAUUGGAAGAAACACAAAAAGGUCUGCAAAGCUGGUGGAAACUGA